UGAGAUGCAAUCACGUUAUGUAACAAGUCUUAUUAAAGGAUUUAUUAAACCACUUCCAUCUCAAAAUGAUAUGGAAAAAUCUAUACGUAAAUAUUAUGAAAGUAUUCGUAAAAAUUAUUGUAAAUCCGCUCGUAGUGGUAUUAUGUUAUCUUAUAUGCCUUAUAUGGAUACUUUGAGUAAAGAAAUUGGAUGUUAUCCUUAUCCUUAUGAAAUAUUUAAAAAAUUUGGGUUUAAUUUUUGGAAAUUGAUUAUGUUUGGUAUGGUUACUCCUAUUCACUAUCGACUACUAGGAAGGAAUUCUUGGGGAGGUGCGAAAGAAGCCAUUUCGCUUUAUAACAAACAUAGUUUUAAAGCUGCAACAAGAGAAUCAAGGGGUUAUAAAUUAUGGAUAUAUAUCCUUAUCUUAAUAUUGUUAAAUAGAUAUGAUUUAUUAAUUGAAGAAACUAAACAAUAUUGA